AUGCAAGGCAGUGGUAUGGGACGCAGUGGAAUGCAAGGUGGUAAUAUGGGAUACGGCGGUAUGCAAGGCGGUAAUAUGAGGCGCGGCGGUAUGUCAGGCGGCAAUCAUGCUAUCAUUCGAGAAUUGGAAUCUGAUUUGUGGAUUGAACGAAAUAUUCCUGGUGGAUUAAACAGUGCAAGAGGUGAAUAUCUUGAUAAUAUGUAUGGUGGAAAUCCAAAUCCAACAUGGGGUCAAGUUGCUGGAGGUUAUCCUGGAGUUGGAGGUAAUUUUGGAAUUGGAGGUUUUGAAGGAAUGGGAAAUUAUGGCGGUUAUGGUGCUGGAUAUGGUUAUUCAUACGGAGGAUACUAA